AUGGACUCCGAUCAAAUCAAAGAGAAGAGAGACUUCUCUCGGCCCUCAGAGCAUCUUGUUAACCAGUCCCUCUCCCUUGCCAUGGACUAUACCUGGGACAAGAUGCAACUUGAUGAGCACUGGCGAGGUGAAGCUCUUUGCAACGUUACCAUAACCGCAGAACAGGUCUUCCUUUUCCAAUGUCUUGGAAAAUCUCCCAUCCCGGAUGCAGAGCUCUAUAAGCGCUACAUACUGUCGGAGCAAAAAGAUGAUGGUUCUUGGCCUCUUGUUACGAAGUGCCAUGGAGAUAUCUCAGCAAGCUGUGAGGCCUACCUUGCCCUUAAAAUACUAGGCAUGAGUCCGUCUUGCCAAGAAAUGACAAAGGCGCGGCAGUUUAUACUAAAGGCUGGAGGUGUUUCUAAGGUCAGGCUGCUCACCCGGAUUUCCUUUGCACGGUUUGGCCUUUUCCAUUGGGAUGCUGUCCCUCACCUGCCUGCUGAAUUGAUACUACUCCCGCCAUCUUUGAAGUUCAAUCUCCAUCGGCUGUCGCCCUGGGCACGUUCUACAUUAAUUCCACUCCUGGUCAUCACCCACCAUCGACCUAUUUACGCACUUCCAAACGGGAGGUCGGUCGCCAAUGAUUUUCUUGAUGAGCUGUGGGUUGAUCCAACGCAUAAGAUGACUUCUCACUCCUCACUGUUCACAUCCCGUGAGCUCGAUCCUACGGAGCUCCUCUUCUCGGGACUGGAUACAGCUCUAUCUUAUAUUGGAGGACUCAGACGCUUUCCUCUCCGAAAGAAAGCCCUGAGAUACUGCAUUCAGUGGAUUCUCAACAACCUGGAACAACCUGGUGAAUGUCCAGAGAUUUCUCUGCCAAUCCACAACAACAUCCUAGCAUUGUUACUGGAAGGAUUUUCACAAGAUAGCCCUGCGGUAAAGGUGGGCAUGGAGGCUAUCAAAAGAUUCACAUGCCAGGACGAGACGGGAAAACGGCUGCAGACUUGCGAGUCUCCGGUCUGGGACACUGCGCUCAUGAUCCGCGCUAUCUGCGACUUAGGGUGGAAUACAUACGAUGACCGUCUUGAGAAGUCGAUAGAUUGGCUUAGCAAGCUUCAUAUGCCCAAAAUACGUGGAGGCUUGCCCGGCUUCCGUACACAAAAAGUCUUACGAGGGUUGUCUUUCCAGCACGACAAGAAUAUUACUCCCGGUGUUGACGAUACUGUGGCGGUCCUUCUCUCAAUGCUACAUCAGAAUUCUUCGAAGAUCAAGUCAGACACGGUAUUGAGAGCCGUAAUGUGGAUUUGCGAGAUGCAAAAUUCCGAUGGCGGCUGGGGGGCGUUUAAUACCGAUAACAAGCAGUGGCUCAACAAGACUCCGCUGAAAGCUUUGCGCCACAGCUCGACGACUGAUCUUACGGGUUAUGUUCUUGAGGCGCUCGGCAUGGUUCUCAAUAUAGCCUCGCAGAAGGACUCUGAAGACCUGAGGCUUUGGCUGGCUCAGACAAAAGUACUUGGCGUGAUCGCGACUGCAUCACAGAGGGCUGUACGCUAUUUGGCCCAGGAGCAGGAAGAAUCUGGUCGGUGGUAUGGCCGCUGGAGUGCUGGCUAUCUUCAUGGUACCAGUGCUGCAAUCUCCGGCUUGGCUUGGUUUGCUGAUGGUGAUAACUGGGUGAAAGACAUGAUCACAUCCGCUGUCUCCUGGAUCAAAGAAGUCCAGAACUUGGAUGGCGGAUGGGGAGAGGGUUUCGAAUCAUGCAAUGAUCGACAGAUGGCUGGAAAGGGUUAUUCCACACCGUCUCAGACAUCAUGGGCCAUUAUGUGCCUGUUGGAAGAACUGGAUCCGGAUGAUGCCUCGAUAAGAGCUGGGAUAAAUUAUCUCUUGGCCCAGCAGCAAGAUACCUCUCUGAAGAGGCAAGGGGCAUCCUGGGAGGAAUCAAACUACACAUGCACAGCUUCACCAGGGUCUCUAUACCUCCGAUCCCAGCUUUCCAGUCAUUACUUUCCUAUCAUGGCUCUUGGACGAUAUAGAAAGGCAAUGCUUUGUACCCAUGCUGAUUAG